ACAGAAGAACCAUCUACAUCUGCUACGACUGUGACACCAACUCAAACAUCUUCAUCAACAGAAGAACCAUCUACAUCUGCUACGACUGUGACACCAACUCAAACACACAUAAGUAAAACUACAACAACUGGCACCAGCACCAUCCAA